AUGCACGUACUAAACGUUUGUGGUUUCUCUGGUCCGAGUCCUCCGCCCGAAACUCCUUCCCAGCAACCAAGACACUGCAUCCCGGGGCAAUGCUCAUUUUUCGGCCCGAACGAGAGUGGUCGUGAACUAUACCAGGAACUAACUGCGGGCGUGUUUAAACUGCGUGCUGUUUUCCCGCCUCGUUCGCUUUAUCGACCGGACUUGGUGUCUGCGUAUGGCACAACGUCCGAAACGGCUCCGGGAGCAUCGAAUCACGACAGAGCUGGCUGUUGCGAGGACUGUGACCUAUCGGACGAGAUCUCGAUCAGCGUGUCCGGUAUGACACAAUCUUAUCCCACUUCACUCAGUGACAUGUCUGGUGACUUCACUAGUCGCAUGGACGAUACGACCUCCCUAGGAUUCGGUCAUCAUCAUUCGCGUCGUCGUAAGACCCGACUGGACGAACGUGGUGCUGACGACACGGAUUUGCUCAAGACAAGAGGUUCACGGCCAUCCUCUGUGUCCGAGUUACUUGUUCCUCCCCGUUCGGAAGAUGAAGAUCAGGCUGAUGAUUUGCGCAAUCAGUUGAAUCGUCCAAUAACGGAGAGCGGUUUGCUACGUUCGGCCUACGCUCGCCACCUCUCGGUUUAUGAGUGUCACAUUGGCUGGACCGAAGGGCUCGGUUUGAAUCAACGUUGGCAUUUGUGCAAGCACCUCUAUUCCGAUUUCGGACUUAAAUCCAGUGCGAACACCAGUACCGCAAAGCAGGCACCGCCGAGAUUAGGUAUUGCUCUUGCCCCACGCUUUGAACUGGUCCAACCGGGUUUCUCGCCCCGUCUGAUUACGCUGUGUCCGGAAGAAACCAAAGUUUCUAGCGAACAAUCCAUAGCCCACAAGAAAGAUCGUGGUCCUCAAGCCUUUGCUCAGCACAUAUCUCAUUCAAAUAUGGCCAUUUGGCUUCAUAACUCUGUGGAAAUUCUGUUAUCGCCGUUGUUCACGGAAUCUUUAGAGAGUAUGCAUUCCAUGUGCGUGAAGUUACGUGCUAACCAAAUUCCGAAGAAAGGUCCUGCAGUGUUCUCUCCACCAGCCAAAUCCGCAUCGGACGCCCGUCGCAGUGUCACUGGCCACUUCCCUUGUCCGUCUUCACAGCGUCCACCUAGUGUUCUGAUCGAUCCAACAGCGUUAAAAGCUGUUCCAACACACAAAUCGUCCGCUCCGGGUAUUUUUUCGAAUAGCGGUCAGACGACUCGAUCUUUCUCAAAAAAAGUCGCAGUUGAUCCCACAACUGAGGUUUCGAAACAGCUUGAGGAUAGCACACAACCCUCGUCUUCAAAACCUCGGGAAGACACACAUUCCAAACACAUGGAGGUGGAGAAACGAAGGAAGUCUGUACCUGAACGGCCGCUGAACGACGGUUGCCUUUCGGCCGUUUGUGGUGGAAAAUUCGCUGUGCUUUCUGUUGAACGCAUUAAUAUUUGCUUUGUUCAACUGUAUGCAGUGGAGGAUCUGGUUCAUCUGGAUAGUUUACGUUCCGGUCUACAGGAUUUAACGUGUGUAUCCCUAUUGGCGCUUUGCGUGGAUUCUGUCUCCUUUGAGUUACUAUCUUGUCGUCCUCCUGAAACUCCAUUACCGAUCGAAACCGGACGACUUCAAGAAAUCUCAAGUAGUGAUGCGCACGACGACGAUGAUGAUGAUGCUAGUUCUUAUUCUUGUCCGUCGGUGCACAGUCAAGACCCUUUACUGCAUUGUCAGUCUCCGGAAGGCGAUUCUCAGUUCGACGUAGAUGAUCCACUCGGCCCGAAAACCCAAUCUGAUUCACGAUUGACCACUAGUCACCCAUCACUUCCUGACCCCCAAACCGAUUCAAAGAAUUUUAAUACUUUGAAUUCGACACAAGAACAUCGGCAACACAGUCGUCAACCUUCUGCUCCACCCGUUUUAACCAACACAUGGGCAUUAACCGGGGACCACGAUUCAGACGUCGAAACUCACGAGGAGGAUCCUGAUUGGUUUCCGCGGCGCUGUACUCUUGCCAGUCCAGGGGGCCACAACAAAGACGAUACGCCAACUCUGUUGGCUUCGGAUGUUAGCACCAUACUGAAUCGUGAUUCUGUGGGGUCCACGGUAAAGAAAAAAUCUCAUCGCCGCACUACCCUUGACCCAACUGACCUAAUCAACACUAAAACUCCGAAGUCACUCGAAGAAACGUCACCCAAUUUUCCACCGGAACAAACUGGCUCUGAAUUGGUUUGUGAGCUGGAUGUACGUCGCAUUCACGUGCAACUUCGUCGCCUAACUCGCUGCAGUCAAUUUAAUUCUGAUGUCCUGCUGACUGCCAUUCCAUUCGAAUCGUCCCGCACGUUUUUCAUGUUCGAGUCCGAUCCGUGUAUUCCUAGUUGCACAUCCCCUAAGGUCACAGGCGGUUCCGGUCUGGGUUCCGCGCCCUCAGUCUGGGAUGAGCAGAGCGCCGGAUGGAUCAUGUUUGAAUGCGGACUGGAGCGACUGUCACUAUCGUGCAAUCGUCGGUCCGGGUUCGCAGAUUCUGUUCUGGAUGUGAUCGAACUGCGUCGUGGCGAACGACAGUCGGCAGCAAAAGCUACAGUCCCUCCAGACCACAAUCUUCAAGCUGCUUCCAGUUAUGUCGGUACCACUAAUUCUUUACCAAAAGUUCGAACGAGGAAACAGCAUUCUCGUGGAGUUCGUCCUUCUUCCAUGGAUACAUCAACUAGUUUAGGCGACUUACCUUUGCCAAGUCAACGGUUUUCCGGCACUGAUCCAAAUAAGAAAGACAACACCGGGCAUCUCGGUUUCCAACAAUCAGACACUUCAACAGAUUUACAUCCAAAUGGUUUUCUGACGCGUCUACUGGUGACCACAGUUUGGUUAAAUUUCGCAACUCCAAAGCGAUUGCCAAAUAAACGGCGAAUCAAACUUGUCCGAUCGGACUGGAAUUUGCUCAGUACGGCCGCACCAUCGAUAAAGGCCUGGAUGGACCCAUGUUAUCGACUGAUCUCUGUAUGCCGUCAUCUCUAUACGCGCAUGGAGCGUCGAUGUUUGGCAGUGACGGCUUGUCUGAUGACGGAGGCAGUCAACCCAAAGUCAUCUGUGGUCGAUGACAAAGAUAGAACUUCUUUUCUUCAUUUACUCGGUGAUAAGAGCCUCGAUGCUUAUGCACGCCGUCGGACGGCGAAAGCGCAAGCUCUACGAUUUGACCCAAGCUGUCAAUUGAUCCUCGUGCUUCGUCGUUAUCUGAUCGCUUUAAGCACGAAAUUGGGGCAAAAUGAGGCCGAUCGUCGACUCAAUGAAUGGCUGCAUGAUUCCCAGGUACCACCAAACGAGCUUCUUCAAUGUGGUAUUCUGUCAUUGACACGAGAAUGGCGGUUUCUUGUGGAAUUUCUUGUCUUAUCUGCGGAGGAUUUGCAUCGUGCUCUAUCCAGCAACUAUGUGUCUGACUCCCAUUCACCGGCUGCUAACUGGCGUGUUUCGGGUAGUGUUCCGCUGUCCACGCGGCGUAGUACUGAUGCAACUAAGUCCAUGAAACCAAUGGUCGAUUCAUUUACCGGCAAAGCCAGCAAGCGUCAUCGUCCACUGUCUAAGGUGUCACGAACUGUUGAUGAUCCACCCAUGUCUGCGCCCGCAUCCGCAUCGGUCAUUCGUGGUGUGAAUUUUAUCGGUGAUCCGAACUCGGGAUUGACGUCAAAACUGCUUCGUAUGGCUGCUGGUCCUAUGUCUCCUGCAACCAACCUCGGCACAGACCACACACGGCGAUCAAAGUAUGCUGGUGAAGGAGGUCAAACAGAUUUUGUUUCCAAUGGGCUUUUCUCCGAAUACCACGGUAAUAACGUAUCCACAGAGCCAACAUUUUACCAAACUCAGCCCGAUUUUCAUUGGGAUAAUGCGCAUUUAGAGGACGAUGCGGGUGACGAUGCUGAUACCGGUUAUCAAAAUCCGAUUUUGCGUCGUUUUCUUUCCGAUGCCAAAGCUCCAUUAGCAGAUGUCCUCCACACGAAUCUUCGCUCAUUCGAAGCAAACAAGCAACCCAAUGAAGCUCUUCCUCAACACUCGGCCUCGAAGAAAUGGACCAUCUUUGCGGAUGAGACUGACCAGCCUCCAACUAUACCGUUUGAUGGCGAUCGUGAAGCCGGGAUCCCCACGUUAAGCGUAACUGAGCCUAGGGCACAGCAAAGUAAUCGUGGCACAACUCAAGACCCAGCUAGACUCCCAGAAGAUGUGCGCGUAACGACCGCGGAUAUUGAGCAAGCGGCUCAUCUGAGUGCCCAAUUCCAGCAUGUGGCAUACAUUCAGCGUUUCUUCUCGCCCUUAUUGGAAUCAGUUGGUCUCAGUGUUAAAGGUAUUCGACGUACCACAUUGAUGAAAAAAUUCGGUGGUUUCUUCUCGGCAGAUGGUCUGUUGGAGACUUUCCAAAUAGAGAUCGUUUCUUCCGCUCGAAACCCAAUGAUCUCUCGCAAUCCAAAUUCAUUCAGUUCAAGCGGAACUGCCUCCUUCGUGGGGACGAGUCAAAGACGAUCCAGUAAUGCUAAUCCAAUGGGCAGACAGUCUGCCUUCUUGUGUCGUAAUUUUGGUUCUCGAUUAACUCUGCGUGAUGUUGUGGAUCACAGUGACGAGAAAGAUAUGCUACCGAACACUCCAGGCAUGGAUAGAUUUGAUCUGGUUUCGACUACCACCAAAGUUCAUGUUGUACUGGAUGUGGAUUUCUUACGCCAACACGUCAAUUUACCUCUGCUUCGAUUGGUUCAUCAAUUUAUCACUGUGUUCUAUUGUGCCCGUGAUACUCGCAAAGCCCUCGGUCCGCAACAGCGCACUAGCACAUCGGGCCCGUCGGAUCUAGUCAUACCAGCUCCUGGCAAGUUAGAUUCAAAAGGUGAAUUGUUUUCGCUUUCUCAGUCACUAUCUGCNGGUGGUGGUGGUGGUGGUGGUGGUGGUGGUGGUGGUGGUGGUGGUGGUGGUGGUGGUGGCAAAGUGGUUUAG